AUGGCAUUUUUAGAAGAAUAUUAAAACGAUUUGAUAAUAGAGUUUACAAAUUCGAAUGAAACAUAUGGGCAACUAGCAUAAGAAAUUGAAUUAGUAUUCACAAGUAGUCUAAAAUAGCUACAAAUCAUUUUUACUACAAAUAAAACAAAAAGUUUUAAUUAAAAAAUGAAUGAGGUUAUACAAAAAUUGAAACAAAAGAUAAAUGAAUCUUAUCUGAAUCCAUUUAGAUUUGAUCUCGUGUAAUAAUCCUCACAAGUUUCUUAAAGUGAAUCGUGUUAUGCAAUAGCUAUUAAUAAAUGUUGUUCAACAAUGGUGGCUGGAUGUGACUCCAAAAUUAAAGUAUUUGAAUUUAAAGAAGAAAUGCUGAAACAAAUUUAAAUUUUAGAUGAACAUAAGGACUAUGUAACUACCUUGAACUUCAUGAAAAACUAGAAUUAGUUUCUAUCAGGAAGUUAUGAUAGUUCUGUAAUUAUAUGGUAAAAUGAAUAAAAUAAUUAAUGGAUCUCCUAAUAGAAAUUAAAUGGAAUGACUAUUUGUAUUAAUUGUUUGAUAGUAAAUAAUAAUGAAGAUUUGAUUGUAUUAGGUUGUUAUGAUAGAACUAUUUAAUUUUGGAUGAAGGAGAAUUAAUGGUUGUGUUAAUAAGCAAUAACAGAUCAUUCAAGUUCUGUAUAUGGGUUAAGUUUAAAUUAAUAAUAAAAUAGAAUUAUAUCUUGUGGUUAUGAUAAUUAAAUAUUAAUAAUAGAACAAUCACAAUAGAAUAAAUAAUGGAUUGUAAUAUAAAAGAUUAAAGUUGAAUAAUAUGGAUAUCGAAUAUGUUUUACUGAUUAUAAUAUGUUCACAUUCUAACCUUUUGAUAAAGAAUAGAUGUCUAUUUUUGAGAUGAGUACUAUCGAUAAAUAGUAAAUCGAAAUUUAACAUAUUUCUGUAAAAGGUAUAUCAGAUUAUAAUUGUUUCUUUCCUUAAUAAUAUAUAAAAUCAAAAUGUAUCCUAGUGAAUAAGAACGGCGAAUACGCCAAUUUAAUAAGGAAGAAAUAAAAUGGAGAGUUUCUUACUCAAUAAUCUAUCCAUUUUGGAACUUCUAAUUUAUUUGGAGUAAUGAGUGAGGAUGGAGUGUAUUUAAUUACAUGGGAUGACAAAUCAAAGUAGAUUUAAAUUAGAAAAUAUAAUGAAGAAGAAUGA